GCGCGUUUCCGCUCCAAACUUCCACGGAUAGCUGAUAGAAUUAGCACCGACGACAGCUUUGAAAAGUACUAAAUUACAUUGUGAAUAUACACUACCGAGUACCGUUCUGUGGAAGCCCGUGUAAUCGAUAUUUUUUCUACACGAACCUGUACAGAACCGUGUUGGGAGCUGUUUGGGAAUAGCAAUAGCACGCUAGCAUCAUUUCGAUGCAAGUCACAUCGCAAUGCCACUCGCUCCGGCCAACCAAUCUCAGCUAAUUCGAGCCGGUCAGAAGGACGAGUACUACCAAGCCUUCCUUAGAAACAACGCAAAUGAAGCCUUUCAAACGCUUGCCGGAUCCAAAAGGUGGCUGGACUGGAGGAAAGAAGUUGAGCUUCUUUCAGACAUUGCCUACUUUGGUUUUACAACACUCAUAGGUUACCAGACACUGGGUGAGGAGUAUGUCAACAUCAUCCAAGUUGACCCCAGUAAAAGACACAUCCCCUCCGCCGCCAGACGAGGCCUCUUUGUUUUCUGCCAUACAUUCCUGCCCUACCUCUUGGACAAAGUCUUGGUCUGCUUGGAGAACGAGCUAGAAGGAACAAAAGUGCCUCGCGGCGGUAUCAGAAGGCGGCAGACUCCAUCUGGGCCGUGGAGCUUGGAACUGUGGCUGCGGAGAUGUGCACAGAGGGCAGUGGGACAGUUGUCAGAGUCUCAGAGGAAAAAGUGUUUGCCGGCUGUGUUUUUCCUACAGCAGACAAUCGCCCUCCUGCACAGAUUCCAUGUGGCGCUCUUUUAUGUCAGCGGCAUGUUCUAUCAACUGUCGAAGAGGACUUCCGCAAUCAGUUAUCUGCGUGUUUCAGGUCUGAGGAAUGAUGAUGGCACCAUCAGGAGUAGCUACAGACUGCUGGGAGCCGUCUCCCUCAUCCAACUUUUUGUCACAAUGUAUCUGCAGCUCAACAACUUUAGGCAGAGACAGAGAGCCCGGCAGGAGUGGAAGCUCUACAGGAACCUCACUUGCAGUCCACAACAAAGCCUAAAAUCAAGGUCCAGGCCUGCUCGCUGCAUCCUCUGCUUGGAGGAGCGCAGACAUCCAACUUCUACCCCUUGUGGACACCUUUUCUGCUGGGAGUGUAUCACAGAGUGGUGCAACACCAAGGCAGAGUGCCCCCUGUGUCGGGAGAAGUUCCAGCCUCACAGACUAGUGUACCUGAGGAACUACACCUAAAAGACCCAUAUUAUGUUGGUGAAAGAAUAUAAUUUUUAACAAAAAAAACAUAUUUAAACAUACUCACACAAUGCAGUUGACAAAAAUAAAAAGAAAUGUAAUUUAAACACGUGAACAACAUUUUUGCAUCAUGCAGCUUUCUGAUUCAAACUAUGCAAACUAUACAGAUGCUGUCUUUGAAAUGACAACUGUACCUUUUUUGUGAAAAGAUGUUUGAAAUCCAUUUUGAUUGCAUCAGUCAAUAAUAAUGAAAUAAUUUCUGGAUGGCAAAAUAAAGUAUUAUUUUAUU